AUGGUUCCUGGGCUUUUGGAAUGUGCAAAUGGUUUCUUCUGCACCAUAUUGCACAAGAUCAGCAACCCCUGGCAAAGCCCUUCAGGAACUCUGCCUGCCCUUUGGACCAGUCAUGGAGAGGUCAACUCAGUACCACACAAGAUCAUCACCCACCUUCAAAAAGAGAAGUACAAUGCUGAUUAUGAUCUGUCAGCUCGGCAAGGGGCAGACACCCUGGCCUUCAUGUCUCUCCUGGAGGAGAAGUUGAUCCCGGUGCUGGUACAUACUUUUUGGAUAGACACCAAGAACUAUGUGGAAGUGACCCGGAAGUGGUAUGCAGAGGCUAUGCCCUUUCCCCUCAACUUCUUCCUGCCUGGCCGCAUGCAGCGACAGUACAUGGAACGGCUACAGCUGCUGACUGGGGAGCACAGGCCUGAGGACGAGGAAGAGCUGGAGAAGGAGCUGUACCGAGAGGCUCGGGAAUGUCUGACCCUGCUCUCUCAGCGCCUGGGCUCUCAAAAGUUCUUCUUUGGAGAUGCCCCUGCCUCCUUGGAUGCCUUCCUCUUUAGCUACUUGGCCCUGCUGCUGCAGGCAAAGCUGCCCAGUGGGAAGCUGCAGGUCCACCUGCGGGAGCUGCACAACCUCUGUGCCUAUUGUACCCACAUUCUCAGUCUCUACUUCCCCUGGGAUGGAGCUGAGGUACCACCACAACGCCAGACACCAGCAGGCCCAGAGACUGAGGAGGAGCCAUACCGGCGCCGGAACCAGAUCCUAUCUGUGCUGGCAGGACUGGCAGCCAUGGUGGGCUACGCCUUGCUCAGCGGCAUUGUCUCCAUCCAGCGGGCAACGCCUGCUCGGGCCCCAGGCACCCGGACCCUGGGCAUGGCUGAGGAGGAUGAAGAGGAAUGA